AUGUCAGUUGACGCCUGCCCAUCUACAUCAAUGUUGAUCAAUGAAUGUAUAAAAUAAUAAAUAGUAUUUAUUGUGAAUUCUUCAACAACCGGUGAAAAUAUUGACAAUUUACUUAUUUUCCAAAUAAUAAAGGAAAAGCCAAAAUGGCGGCUUUUGAAGAAAUGGGAGUUUUGCCCGAAUUAGGCAAAGCUGUCGAAGAAAUGGAUUGGAUGCUACCAACUGAUGUACAAGCAGAAGCAAUACCUUUAAUUUUGGGAGGUGGAGAUGUUCUAAUGGCUGCAGAAACAGGAAGUGGCAAAACUGGUGCAUUUUGCCUUCCAAUCAUUCAAAUUGUCUGGGAGACUCUAAAGGAUUUAGAAUCAGGAAAGGGGACCAAAUCUUCAGAAGCUCAAUCUUCUCCCAACUGGCUUCUCAGUAUGUUUGAUCGUGGAUCAGCAUUAGCCGUAGCUCCCGAUGGAUUACUUUGUCAAAGUCGUGAACCACGCGAUUGGCACGGUUGUCGUGCCAAUAAAGGCGUUCAAGGAAAUGGAAAAUUUUUUUUUGAAGCUAUUGUCACUGAUGAAGGCCUCUGUCGUGUCGGAUGGUCUACUGCCCAGGCAGCCUUGGAUUUAGGAACUGAUAAAUUUGGUUUCGGUUUUGGUGGAACUGGCAAAAAAUCAAAUGCCCGACAAUUUGAUAAUUAUGGAGAAUCAUUUGGAAUGCAUGAUGUUAUUGGAUGUCUUUUAGAUUUACAAAAAGGAGAAAUUCGAUUUAUGAAAAAUGGUGUUGAUUUGGGACCAGCUUUCACAUUAAAUUCACAACAAAAAUCAAUGACAUUCUUUCCGGCGGUGGUAUUGAAAAAUGCUGAAAUGUCUUUUAAUUUUGGUGCUCAACCCUUUAGACAUUCACCGCCAAAUGGUUUUGUUGCAUUGUCAUCAGCGCCAAAAGAUAAUAUUAAAACUAAUCCGAAUAAUACAUCAGGCAGUAAAGGGGAUGAUUCGAAACCCAUGAAUAAUGCCCCGCAAGCUAUUGUCAUUGAACCUUCUCGUGAAUUGGCUGAACAAACGUACAAUCAAAUUCAAAAGUUUAAAGGUCACAUAAAAGAUCCAAUUGUUCGUGAACUCUUAGUCAUUGGCGGUGUAAAUAUCAAGGAACAAAUUGCAGUUUUAAAUUCAGGCGUCGAUAUUGUCGUCGGUACUCCUGGUCGGUUAGAGGAUUUAAUUCAAGGAGGAUAUUUAUCUCUCACUCACUGCAGAUUUUUUGUUCUUGAUGAAGCCGACGGUCUUUUAAAACAGGGAUACAAAGAUAUGAUUGAUCGUUUGCAUAAACAAAUUCCAAAAAUUACUAGCGAUGGUAAACGUUUGCAAAUGAUUGUCUGCUCAGCAACUCUUCACGAUUUUGACGUGAAGAAAAUGGCGGAACGUUUAAUGCAUUUUCCAACUUGGGUAGAUUUAAAGGGCGAAGACGCGGUACCCGAAACAGUACAUCAUGUGGUUGUCAUGGUCGAUCCUCAAAAGGAUAAAUCAUGGGAGAAUUUAAGACAACACAUACAAACUGACAAUGUUCACAUAAGAGAUAAUGUUAGACCUGGAAGUAAUACGAUCGAAACACUGUCGGAAGCUGUAAAAAUAUUAAAAGGCGAAUAUUGCGUUCGAGCGAUUAGAGAACAUAAAAUGGACAGAGCUUUGAUUUUUUGUCGAACAAAAAUUGAUUGCGAUAAUUUAGAACGCUAUUUCAGAGCAGUGGGAAAUAGAGAACUCAGUUGCGUUUGUUUGCACGGUGAUAGAAAACCAAACGAAAGAAAAGCAAAUUUGGAAAAAUUUAAAAGACAAGAAGUCAAAUAUUUAAUAUGCACUGAUGUUGCGGCAAGAGGUUUAGAUAUUACAGGCUUACCUUUUAUGAUUAAUGUAACCCUCCCUGAUGAAAAAUCGAAUUACGUGCAUCGUAUUGGAAGAGUAGGAAGAGCUGAAAGAAUGGGUUUAGCAAUUUCUCUCGUUAGUUCUGUACCCGAAAAAGUUUGGUAUCACGGAGAAUGGUGCUCCACACGAGGAAGAAAUUGCAAUAAUACUAGUUUAACUGAUCAAGGUGGAUGCUGUAUUUGGUAUCAGGAACCAAGAUAUUUAGCGGAUAUUGAAGAUCAUUUAAACAUAACAAUUCAACAAGUCGAGCCAGACAUGAAAGUGCCAAUGAAUGAUUUUGAUGGAAAAGUCACUUAUGGUCAGAAAAGAUUGAAUCUUGGAUCUGACUAUAAAAAUCAUGUACAACAAAUGGCACCAACCGUUAAUGAAUUAGCAUCUUUAGAGUCAAAGGCUCAACUUGCAUUUUUAAAGUGGCACAUGAAUUUAUCAAUAUAAAUGAAUAACUUUUAUUGAAAAUGUAUUGUUUUUUUUUCACGAAUUUAUAAAAUUGAAACCAUAUUUUCUAAAUUACGUCUUUUUUAAAAAAUACAUACAAAACAUUUUAAAAUGUGUAACAUUAUUCUUACUUUUUUUAUAUUUAAUAAAUAUAAAUUUGGUAAUCUAUUAAA